AUGUCAAAGAACACAAGCAUGUCUUGUAGUUCACCGUACAGGGGUUCAAAAAAUUGCUGGAGUUCAGACCAUGGCCACCAGGAUCAAGUGCAUAUCGAAGAAACACAAUGUGAAUUGCAUCCACAGCCAGAACGACGAAAUAAUAAUAAAUCUAUAGACGUUUCGCUGUCUUCAUUGUUGACUUUAAUCUGGACGAAAAUCGAUUUCUUCAACAGUUUGGAUACUGUUAGUUUUAUUGUAUUUUUCCAAUUGUCCUGGAACAACGAAUAA